AUGCUGGAGGAAGUCAUUAACAAGUCUACAUGUCAAAGAAAUUUUGACUCGAAAUCAAACGAUGUAUGCAUUGAUGUGAUAUUGAUCGAGGUUAAUUCUGCAAAGGACCUGUUGAUAUAUGGUAUGAUGAACUAGUAAUGAUGCAUGCAUAUGUGCAGCUCGACAGAUGUAAUUCGAUGAUUUGUUUAGUUAUGAAACAUGCUACAUUGUAAGUAGACAGUCUUUUGAUUAAGCAAUCAAAUAAGCCAGCUUGUAAAUCAUGAUGUUAAGGGUAGAUAGAACGAUUCCUAAAAGAAUUGAGUGGAAAUCUUGGUAAUGGUGGCAGUAGUAUUGGUAGUAGUAGUGGUGGUAUGGUGGUAGUAGUAGUAGCAGUAGUAAUAAUAAUAAUAAUAAGUUGUAGUAGUAGCAGCAGCAGCAGUAGUAGUAGUAGUAGCACUGAGUAGUAUUAAUAGUUAUUAUCUUAUAAAUAGUUUAUUUUUUUUCUUUAGAAAACUUAAAGAAGAUGAGUUGUGCAAUAGCAAUCUUCGACUUGUCAUUUGGUGAUCACUACUCGCUUGCUUUUGCUGAGGUGCUCACCAUUCCGUUACUGAGCUUCAAACCUGUCCUUCAGGAUUUUUCAAGUGAUUUUUUCUACUCAGCACUGCCAUCUUACGAGAUGUAUUCCCGUGCGAUGGUGGACCUGCUUGAUUUCUGUAUUGGUAAAGAGAGUACUCCAAGAGAGAAAGUAGCGAUUGUGUUUGAAGGUUAACUUUUAAUUUUUAACAUGCAUUACGAAUUCUUGUACUGUUUCCUUUGCAGAUGGUUAUUAACUUGAAUUUUUUAAGUAAUCUAUGCUGGAUCCCUCUGGUUACUGGCCAAAGAUAGCUCAAAAUGUACACCCAAGCCUCACGAUAUCGAUCAAUGAUUCAUGAGGCAGGGUGGCUGAGUGAUACACGAGGCUAGGCUUGUAGUCUGUUGAUCCCAGGUUCAAGCCCUCCACCCUGCUACUCACUGGAUUUGUCCUCAAUCGCCCCGAGUUCAAUUCCUUGGCUGCACUUUGUAUAGGUCAUAGCCAACUCGUCUGCCUCAAACUAGUUAGAGAUUUAAAAACUCCUUUUUUAUUCAACGUUUCAAUUUGUUCUUAUUGACGCUGAAAAGCCUAGUUGAAGGACUGGUUAAUCAGUUUAUAUUCCUACGUUGUCAAAAAUCAAUAGGGUCUGUCUUAGUCGAGGGAUUUUAAGAAAUACAUACUUGUAUGUCUUUGUCAGGGUAUUUCAAGUAACCCUGUGGGAAAAGGAGAAGAGAGAAUAGAUAGCUCUCUCAGGGCCUUAGCGUGGCUUCUCCACAUCUAAUUAAGAAAGUGUUAUUAUUCUUCAACAACCAUAACAAUUCGUCCAAUUUUUUCCAGCCGAUUACUCUGCUGUAGCCACCCAGGUUUACUCAAUAGCUCGUGAAAUGGAAAAGUUUAGAGUUGAAGCUAUUCCUGAAUUACAAGUUAACGACAACAGCCAGCUGCAGCGCGCCCUCGAAGUUCUGCCCAAAGUGCGAGCAAACUACGUUCUGGUUAUUUGUAGACCCGAGAAUCUGGGCACUAUUCUUGAGAUGGUAAGUAUUGUGUUGGCUGUGUCUGUUGUUAAGUAUGUGUGCUCAUUUCAUUUGAGCUUUAACCCUUCUGACACCUUCAUAUCAGUAUGCGUAUUCUUCAUACUGUUUUCUAUACGUCUCCUUUCCUCUGACAAGGAGAAUUUUUUUAAUAAUCAGACCUUCUUAGGGUGCGGACAAGGAAAUUUUUUUUUAGCAAUCAAGAGCUUCUCUGCUUAGAGAUCAUUCCUUAAUGUUUUAUUUCGGGGUUAUACUAAAAUGAGAAAUUAGCCAAAUUCUCCUGUUGGCUAGGCCGAAGCAACAUAAUAAGCAAAAUUAUUUCCAAUCACGAUGUUAGGUUUAGGCUCACUUCAGUACAUCCGUAAUCAAUUCAUGUAAACAUUAAGUUACUUUUUUAUGUGUUCCAGUCACUACGUCUGGGAGCUAUAAACAAAGAUUCAAGAUGGUUUACCUUCAACAUGGUAUGAAACAUUUUUUUCAACUACCUGUGAAAACCAGAGUACCCAACAAAGUCUUUUGUCGAAAAUGUUUUGCCUGUGAUCCAAACCCUAUUCCUUUUCACUGUCUUCUUUGACCAUUUUUGACCAAUAAAGCUUCUCUAUGUACCUGACAAAUCAUUAUCCUUUUCUUUCCGUUACCUUGCAACGCAAAAGAAAACGAAAGGAACGCGCUUCUCCUGAGAUGUUCUUUACAGAAAAAUGUGUGCGCGGUAUCCCACAACAGAAACUCAGAUACCAACAUGCUUUUAUCUUAUUCCUUCAGGACUUUAAAGGUAACAUAUCGAAAAGUUGUUUUAAAGGACUUGUUGGGCUCCAGGUGAACCUGACAGAUAUCCGAAAGGCUACAGAUCUGAAAAGGAAAUUCCAGCUCGAGAGUAACACCAACCAGAUUUCAGAGGUAACUUAGAUUUCAUGCCAAGCGUUUUGUAAGAAUAAUGUAUAAAUCACUAUUGUUAUCGUUUUUUUUAUUUUUCAUGUUAAAUACAGAAGUAGUUCUUUCCAUGGAAAUUGAUUAAUCUCAAACCAGUAAGAACAAAAUAUACGUGCAUGAGCAAGGCAGUUCCAAAAUCAUAUCGCAGCAUGUAUGCGUAGCAAGGAAAAAUAAGGAGAACAUCCGGUAGUUUCUCUGACAUAAAGUAACUCUCCAGAACUCGUUAUUUUCAUUGAAAAUGCGGGUAUAGUAAAUGAAUGACAUUAGAUUUUAUGACGGGAGGAAACUUUCUAAAAAUAUAUAAUGCACAGUCCUUGGAUCCACAAAAUUUCGUCAAAUUCCUAGCCUUCCGUUUAGUCAUGUUACUCCCAUGCACAGAAAUCAGGAUAGCGUGAGAUUGACCCUGUUUGACCUUAGCCCGACUAGCACCCUCGCUCUACCACCUAGAGUUGUUUGUAGUCGCACCACCUUUUCCCUCUGCAAACAACUCAAAAUCGAACGCUUCAAAGCUCCACAAAUUUAGCGCAAUAUUAAAGGGGAUUUUCAAAAUCUCAUCACUGUUACAAACCAGUUCAAAAAAGCAGGGCUGGUUAGAAAUUUCACUGUAGUUCCACAUCCAUAAUCAGUUCACACACGCACAAUGAACGACCUUUCGCCAUCAGCAAUUUUUGCACUGAAGAAUGUGGAUUGUAAUUAUAUUGGCUCUAAUAAAGAAUUUACCUAUUAUUAGCAAUCUCUUUGGCUUAUGAAAGGGUAAGGAUGAAAAAGUCAGAAUAUAGAGGGCUAUCUUUCAAUUAACCCUUUCCACCCUAACAUCAGUUUGCAUAUUCUCCAUACUGUUCCCUAUACAUUCCCAGAGGUGCUGAUGAGGAGAAUUUGUUUCAUAAUCCACAACUUCUCUAAUAAGUGACCAUCUCCUAUAUUCUCAUUACUUUCAUGUGUGAUGCGGGGUGAUAUUGUAAGGAGAAAUUAGACGCUAGUCACUUUUAGGUACUAAAGGGUUAGUGCUGGCGUUUGCAGUAAGCUUGAACCUAAUCGAAUCAUUAAAAUCAUGGCUCACUUAUCAUCUAUAUCAUUCAAUUUUCUCAAGAUCACGUAUGCAUUGGUCAAUGAUACAAUUUACGCAGUCGUAGAAGCCUUUAAGCAAGAUACGAAAGGGAUCUCAAGACACCUGAGAGACUGUUUCGCAGAUGGGUAUAGAAUUGAAGAUAGUAGUAAAAAACUGCUCAACAAUCUAAACGAGAAGGUAGGCAAAUGGCAAUUCUUGCAACUAUCUUUCGCAAAAGUAUUUGUGAAGGUUCUAGAUUUUAUUGACCGAACAAAAAAUUCUCUAGAUGACAGAUGUUACCCCUACUAAAGUGGUAAAGAACGGGAAACGUUUCCGUCUCUCUUUACACCCUAACAUCAGUAUGCAAGUUCUCCAAACUGUUCCUUAUACAUUUUCUAUUGCACUUACAAGGAUAAGUUUUACGACAAUCAAUAGCUUCUUGAGUUCGCGAUAAUUUCCUAUAUUUUCAAGACCUUAACGUGUGAUCAGGGGUGAUAACUUUGGGAGAAAUUAGAUGCUUAUCACUCCUAGGAGAGGAAGAGUUAAUCGCGUGAUGUACAAUUAAAUGAUUAAAUGUCAUAUCUCGUUUGCGUGUGAGAUCAGAUUUCUAUACCUUAUUAGACGUUUUGGUGUGUAGUAUCGCUGAGUAUUUUUACGAGCUGUGCCGUAUUUUGAUCAGCCCAAUAAUAAAUUAUUUAUGAUCCAACUGCUUUUUUUUCUGCCUUACUGCUCGUUGCUCAUAAGGCGGGAAAAGCAAAGCGGAUAGAAAAGCUUGGCGCGCGCAGCCGACCGGUCAAGUAGGUUUUGUCUACAGCAAAAAAUAACCAACUGUCCCAAUAACCGUAGAAUAUAUAUCGCAGAAUAUUUAUACUCCAUUCGCGCGUUAUUUGUACUGUACUUUUUGCAGUUGCAUAAUAAUGUAGAAUAUUAAUUCCCAGAAUACAUUUUCAGGUAAAGUUGUGGGGAAUUACCGGGUUAGUGGACUUUGAUAACAAUACAAGGAGCAGACUUGUGGAGAGGUUGGAUAUAAUAAAUGUUCAGGUGCGGGGAGAUGACGACGGUAACACAGAGUCCGCAUUGGUCAACGUAAGUCCCUUUAACAAUUAUCUAGUGAGUGUUUUACCAUAAAGAAUUUUAGAGGUGGCACUUUGAAAACAGUAAGGACAACGUAGCCUUUUGCUCCAGGUCUACAAAACAGGUAGCUAACCUACGUGUAAUUAUUUCCUCAUUUACAACUCUAUUGCAACUCUAUUUUUUCUACAAGCUUACUAGUUCGAUGGAAUGUAAAGCAACAUAGUUAUAUGUACAACUUCCAAUCAAACCAAAAAAAAAAGUAACACGACAAAGAGCCAUUAAGAACGGGCAAACUGUCUGGAGCACGUGAAACGCGGAUGAAUUUGUAUCUGUUGAUUGAGAGGGAAGUAAAAUUUUUCUUAGAUCAAUCGCCGUCAACCUCCGUCGGUCUGUGAUGACCAUGGAAGAGAUUCCUAGUUGUCUGCUUUAUUACAACGGCGCUGCCUAUCAUCAAACAGGCCGAAUGCGCGAAUGGUAAUCGCAGACGCACAGACACACAACUUCUUUUUUUCCUGCUGGUCCGCUUCUCUUCCGCUGUGCUGAUCAGUCUUUCUCCUUCUGACUUCAGUUGUCUGGUCAGAGCACAGGCGGCCCAAGCUCCAGCUGUGAGAUGAUCAUCUUGCGCAAUAACAGUCAUGGCGGAAUUAUAAGAGUUUGUAUGGGCAUAUUUACGACCGCCCUCAGGAAUAAAAAAAAUACGUCAAAUUCUCAAAACAAAAACCUCACCUUACUUCCACAGUGUAUCAUUUGUUAUCUGACCGCUUACUUUGAUGAAAAGAGCCCAUUUUAGCGAGUUGUUCAUUUCGAGGUUUUCAACGUACAUAAGAAAAGCCCAAGGCUGAACACUCCAUUUCCGAACGCCUGAGCCGAGAAGUGAAAAAUCCAAGCUCAAAAUGACCGGGCGGCCACAAAUCCAACGCAGAAUCCAAGCAAAUAUACUGUAGUUUCAUUUAAAUUCACUAAAUCUUCCCCGCGCAACCGACACUAAGCCGCAGUUUGCUUCAAAAAUUUCCAGUUUAGAGGUUUCUAAUAGCCCGCGGCCACAUCAACCUUGACACACGACCGUUGAAAACCAGCUUGGUAACCCUACCUUCUUUUCGAACUGAGCCUCGCCGGGGACCAUACCGUCAGUUAUCGUCAAUAAAUUGUUUUAGAACCACGGGUCCCCUCAAAAGAAAUCGAUCAAGAGGCUAUUGUUUCGAUCGACCAAUCGAAUUCGCCUCCGGAAAUGUUUCUUCUCGGAUCAGGCGUUCGGAAAUGGAGCGUUCAGCCUUGGGCUUUUCUUAUGAACGUUGAAAACGUCGAAAUGGACAACUCGCUAAAAUGCGUCCUUUUCAUCAAAGUAAGCGGUCAGAUAACAAGCGUUACGCUGUAGAAGUAAGGUGAGGUAAUUUUUUUGAGAAUUUGACGUAUUAUUUUAUUCCUUAGGGCGGCCGUAAAUAUUCCGAUACAAACUCUUAUAAUUCCGCCAUGACUGUUAUUGCGCAAGAUGACCAUCUCACAGCUGGAGCUUGGGCCGCCUGUGGUCAGAGUACUUCUUCAUCUGAAACGGUCGGUAGCGAGAUCACUGAGCAAAAUAAAACACAAAAUGGGCAAUUUUCACUAAUCAGCAAGCAAUCAUUCAAUUAAUAAUUUGAAACUAGUAAACUACUAAUGUUGUUUCUGAAUGGUUUGAGCAGGUUGGUCAUUGGAACGCAAACAAAGGAAACACAGUUAACAAAGCAGUGCAACUUGACAGCUUGGAGGACUCUAUCGACUGGACUGGGGAUUUCUGGGAGGAAUUGCAAUGUUUAGUGCAAAACAAGAAAAACAGGAGGAAGCCUUUGGAAGGGCGUGUGCUCAAAAUUGUUACUAUAGAAGUAAGAGGGAGAUAAAAUAGAAUAAACAUUAACUCGAACCGUUGUGAGAGUAAAUUACAAGUGAAUUCGUGUACAGCAGUAAUCAGUAAUAACAUUUAUGACUAUGACUGCAACGACAAAAAAGACGAGAGUGAUGUUUAUCAAUGAUUGCCAGCGGCAACUAUUAUCAGAGACGGAUAUAGAUGUUUUUGAUUGAGGGGAGGGGGGAGGGGAAUAUCUGAACUUCAAAACCCUCUAAAUAUAGCCGAAAUUUAGUUGUGUUUAUUUCGCACUGACGCGUGUUUCAUUAAGACAGCAACAACAGCAAAAACAACAACCAACCACUUAUUGGUAUGUCUGCGAUCUUGUUAUUAAAAUAGUUUUGGUGUCAGACAAAAAUCGUGUAUAAUAAUAUUUUUUCACGCUAUAAAUAAUUUAAUCAUUCCGCAAGUCUUACUCAACAUGAAAAAAUCCCUUUCUAGGAUUCCCCGUUUUGUAUAAGAAUAGCGAACCAGACCGAGGGAAAGCCAAAAUAUGAAGGAUUCAGCAUCGACCUUCUUGACGCAAUUCAAAGGAAAAUGGGCUUCCAAUAUACACUCAUGACUAACAAAGAUGGGAAAAUGGGCUCUAAAAAUCGUAAUGGAAAGUGGAAUGGACUGAUUGGAGACAUUGUCGAGAAGGUUUGAUGAAAUUAGUAGGAAAUAAUUAUGCGUUUUUGUGUAUCAAAAAUGCAAUGAAAUAUUUUUCCUCAGGAAGACGAAGAUUCUGUUUCGCAAUUAAAAAUUUAGUUAAACCGCUUGUGGAAGUCUUAGAAUAUUCACAAGUUAAUGUGCAGUUACCGUCUUUUUCCAAGGAAGACAGAUUUUCACAAUUUGAUAAACGACUAUAAAUUGCCUCCUAAUUCGAACAAAUAUUUUUAUGAUGUGAUUUUUUCAGAGAGCACAGGUGGCUAUCGGCGCAAUCACUAUCUCUGCUGUAAGAGAGUUAGAUGUUGACUUCAGUAAGCCCUUCAUGGAUUUUAAAGUCAGUCUGUUGAUGCAGAAGGAAAAGGAACAAGUGAACCUGUUUGUAUUUUUACAACCGUUUGAGAGAAACGUUUGGCUCUCUACGUUGGCCGUCGUGAGUAUUACUUCGCUGAGUCCAGUGGGAGACUUUGUAUCACUUAUUUCUGAUUGAAAUGAAGAAGAAUACACCAAUAAUUUUCUCAUAACGGGCAAUUUUUCAAAGUUGUUUUAAAAGUUUGUCAUGGUGGGACUCUGAGCCAACUUACUUUCGCAAUAGUUAAGCUUUUUUUAUGAACAAAAAAUAAUAAAAAUGCUUUCUUUUUGUAUCCUCAUCCCUUUGACUCGUAGGAGUGAAUAGCAUCUAAUUUUUUUCCUUGACCCCUGAAUCAAAUAUUAAGGUCACCAUAAUAAAGGAAAUGAUCAGCAAGUAAAGAAGCUCUUGAUUGUUAACCAAAUUCUCCUUUUCAGCACCUCAGGAAAUGUGUACAAAACAGAAUGGAGAAUGUGCAUACUGAUGUUAGGGUGUAAAGGGUUAUAUAAAUGAGUUUAUAUGGGGAGGAGUUCUAAUUUUUGACUUUUUCUUUUUCUAAAGGUAAUCCAAAUACAACCUUUGUAUUAUCAGCUGAAAAAACGCGAAAGUAAAGAUUAUUCAAAGCUCAAACACAAAAAACUUUUUUGCAAGCUAUAACGAUUCGUUUCAGACAUUUUCCUGUUGAUUUAAUCUUAUUACUAGGUGAUAGGCAUCACGUUCCUCGUGUUCUGUUUGGAUCACCUCAGUCCUAAUGGAUACCGAGCAAUGGCGGAAAGAUCUGGCGAAGGAGAUGGUGACGAACUCAAUUUGUUCAACAGUCUGUGGUUUGCCGCUGGUUCUAUUUUGCAGCAAGGUGCUGAUAAUACACCGAGGUCUGGCUCAGGGAGGAUGCUGGCCGGCGCAUUCUGGUUUUUUACGCUGAUUCUAAUAUCUACUUACACUGCAAACUUGGCUGCGUACUUUACAGGUAAUAAACAACUUAGAAGCUGCUUUGAUGACGGUCUGUGCACCAGAAUUGACCGUCAUGUUGUGAAUUCUUUCCUCCAAGAAAUAAGAUCGUAUGCUAAUCAAGUCAGAACUCAUCGGUCAUUACCCUCGACAGCUAAUGUUCUCGAUUUCAACCGAAAAUCCACUCAUCUUAGAUUCAGCUGGUUUAUUUUGCAUCUGUUGGCACAAACUUAACAGUAGGGACGUAAAUGGUCAUUAGUUCCGCUUGUUAAGAAGUUUUUAAUUGAUUGUCAAAAGUGAUCCGGCCGGAUUGUAUUGGUUUUGAUUUACUCCGUUCUGUGAUUGGUCUAGAAAACUCGCACCAAUCUCUCCGAUAAUCAGAUGCAAAACUAACACCGAUCACGACUUGGUCGCCCGAGUUUUUUCCGCGUUUAGACAGUUUGCCUGUUUUAAUUUUUAAGUCUUCAUUGCUCUUCUCUCUUUCUUCUGAUUUGCCUAUGUAAUUACUUUGGUUUGGUUUUACGGCACUCAAUCGAAAAGCACUCUAUACAGUAAAGUGUCAAAUGGUCCUGCGUUGAUUCAUUCGAAGCUUCAACAUCUCUCCCCUCCCCCCGGGCAAUAUCUCUGGCAUUUGAACUUUGGAAGAUUGGCUUGUUCAAAAUUCCUUUCCCAUGUAGUAAGAAUUAAGUUCAAAUGCCCCAUCCAUUUUUUGUAAAAAGCAAAAUCAAUUACUGUGCAUGACUUUCUGUACAUUGACCAAGCUUUAAAACCUUGACCUUGUGGAUCUUCUGAGCCAUGCGCUCGCGAAAGUGAACUUUUUACCUUAAAAAAACUCCAUUUUCAAAGAUAUAACAUUUGUAUUCCGCUGGAAAGACUUGAUACUUUUAGUUCACAUUCCCCACCCCAGCCAGGCAAAAUUCAAAUUCCUGACCACCGGGCAUGAACUAGGGUUGCCCAGGGGGAUGCCGAGUUAAGCUUCGAAUUGAUUGGCGCAUCAUGUUGUGCGUUUUCUACUGUAAUUCCUGCGAAGUUUGUCUGAAAAAUGUCGUGAACUAUAUGUUGAACGUGGGAAUGUAUCACGCCGGUUAGUAAUCAGUAAAGAUCGUGCCCUAAUUCUAAAAUUUUCGGCCAUUUUUUUCAGCCAAAAACACAAAAAGAAGUAUUAACUCUCUGUCAGACCUGGCCAACCAGAAAGAGAUUGACUACGGUGUGCUAAACGGAGGAUCUCUGUACACAUUCUUCAGUCAGUCCGAGGUGGAGAUUUAUGAAAAGAUGUUCAAUAGAAUGAAAAGUGAAGCCACAUUUGUCAAUUCCACAAAGGAAGGAGUUCAAAAAGUGAGAGAGGGUGGCUUUGCCUACCUGACAGACGGACCCUACCUGGAUUACUACAACAGCAGGGAACCAUGUAACACUAUGAUGCUAGAGAAUUUAUUGGAGGCCAAAAGUUAUGGUAUUGCACUUCAAAGGAACUCAGAACUGACGAACCAAUUUUCUGUCGCUAUUCUUCAGGUAAUUCUUAACGAGUUUUCAAAUAUCCUUAAGCCACCAAGACGUACCUCUUAAUUCUCCCUUGUAACUGGUAUAUUAUUCCUUGUAAAUUAGUUGUGAGAAUUUGGUGAUUUAUCAAGGUAUAGCACCGUCCAGCUGUUGAGUUCGACUUACUUCAUUACAGUAGUAAAACUAUAUACUGAGAAAUUGCAUUUUAAUCCUUUAACUCCCAAGAUCUUAUUAGUAAUUUUCCUUACUGUCUGCCAUAUAACUCUGAUUAUGUUAGAUCGGAGCAUUUGGUAUUGGAUCAACUAAUAAUCCCCUUGUUAAUAUUUUUCUUCGUUCUCAUUACUUGUCUGCUUGAUAUUGUAUUGAUAAUGUAAGGAGAAAUUAUGCCUUGAUCACUCAUGGGAGUUGAAGGGUUAAUUACAUUUGAAAGUACAAUAUAUGGGUCAAUGAAAACAAGAAAAAAAAAAGGGAAAAGAAAGAAAAGAAGAGGAAUGAAAGGCAAAGAAAAGUUGCACGAUGAUCACUCCAGCUAGGGAUGAAAAAGACAAAAAAAAAAAACAGAAAUUUGGUUGUUCUGAUCUGUCGUUGCUUGUUGUUCCCCAGCUCCGCGAGGAAGGUGUGGUCGACAAACUCAAAAAGAAGUGGUGGGACCGUCGCAGUGAGUGCACAGACUCCACAGUUAAAGCAAGCAGCACACCCAUGAGUAUCUCAUUGGAUCAUAUGGCGGGCGUGUUCAUUGUCCUGGCAGGAGGGAUCGUGGUGUCCGUUAUGUUCCUAAUGGUCGAGAGGAGGUGUAACAACCUGAGGCGGGAGGUCAACAAGAGCACGGUGGGUGCACCGGUUAAUGAUGGCGUCAGGUUGAAUUCUCUAACGUCUCACCGUACCAAACACACGCUGAAGCCCAAACACAAAAAGCGCUCUUAAAAAGAAGAAAUCCUCAAUCGGCACUGGUCGAGCAAUACUUUCUAGCCAUGCCCUGGCACUAUAAACACCCUCUAGGAGCCGGCCAAAAAUCGAAAAUCUGACUUGACGAAAUCGUUCAACAUUUUAAAUACAGCAGUCACUGUCUUAACGUGUUGUGACACCUAGAUCAAGUAUCGUUGAAUUCAGCGAUGCAAUAACGUUAACUUUUCACGUAAAAUUGGUUUAUUAAACAAGGUAAAUCACAUAUCCCAAAUCAUUACUUUCUUUCCCUAACUCGAACAUUUUCUUUUAAAAAUAGCUCUAUGUCUUAGUCAAACAAUAGUGGUUUUGCAUACGCUUUUGGUGUUUUUUCGUAAGUCUGUCAGUCUAUUAACCGAUGGAAAAUUUUCUCUAUGUGAGACCUCCUUUGCACUUCGAAAUUUCCUUGACGUAUACCCAAAAUUGCAUAUUACUUCAUUUUCUAGUCUAUGGCGAGCGUAAAAGAGCAGAUGGACUUACCAGUGGCGACGACUCAUGCUUACCGAAGGCCAUUCUCGGAUCACGGACUAGAGAACAAAACGAUUAAUAACAUAGAUAAUCGAAGGAACAUGGACGCGAAGGACGGAGCACGAGCGCGAGACGGCAUGAGUGCUCCCAGAAUGCAGUCGAGGCUUCCAAAUGUUUACGCUGGGGCACCGGAAAGUAAUCUGUGAUUGGACACUGUGUUUCAACGGCGAAUGACGUCAUCAAGUCGUUUAGGGACUAGUUUACAACAGAGUAACAAUCGUGUUGAGGCGAUACCUCCUAAGACGAUUUUGAGGGAAAAGUAAUUACCUCGGUCAUAUUAAGAUAGUUUCAGCUGUGAUCAAAGGUUAACUAAACGUAAUAUUUGAAGGGGUG